AUGGCUGUCAUUUAUCUCGUCACCGAAUGUUGCUCGCUGACCGCCGCCACGUUGAGCUUCUGCUUCAACCUAUUCAUUAUUGUCAGCUUUUUGAGGUGAGCACUUGCGAAAGUAUCUCGGCAGGUUGUAGAGAUGGCAAAACGUUGUCAACUAACAAAAUGUACCCAAUGUUGUAAGCAUCAAUUUGUUAGUUGACAACUUUUUGAUAUCUCUACAAAUGGCUGAUUUACAAACCGUAGAAAGUUGUGCUUCUUCCAGAAAGAAGAUCCCAGCACCCGAGAAUCUCCGUCUCGCCCUCUAUCUGGCCCUCGGAGAUUUCGGCUACGCCACCGCGGCGCUCAUCCACAUCGGCUACCUGGCCGUCAAUUGGUCGAACGUCUACCUCGACUACAAUCCCUACGUCAUCAUCUUCUCCAACUCGUUCCUUCCGGCCCACCUCAAAGUGAUCGUCGUCAUCAGUUGCUCGAUGGCACUCGAUCGAUGUUUGGUGAGUUUGGGGAGGGGGGGAAAGCAUCACAAAAGCGACACAAGACGCAAGAGAGUUCAGGCCAUCUUCUAUCCGGUCGUCUAUCGUCGGCUCAGCAAAAUCUACUUUGCCAACUGUGCGCUCGCGUGCGGAUUCUGCUGGUUUCUGUUCGAUUACACGUUUCAAAUGACGACGGCGCCGUACAAGCGCAUGCCGAAUUGCGCGACGAUGGCGUGCUUUGUGAACAAGACGUUUCUGAUGUACGUCAGCUACUCCAACACGGUUUGUUUGUGUCCUAUGACGACUUUGUGACCCAUUUUCCCUUAUUUGCAGCUCGCCGGCCUCUUCAUCGUCGUCGUGAGCGGUUUCGUGUUCCGCGGAAUUCGUCAAAUUUCGCAAAGAAAGAUGGGUAGCACGACAAACACGGUAGGUGUCUACCGUACCCGACUCACCGAACCGUCGCCGAAUUACAGUCUGCCGUCAAAACGACGAACGUCUUCCGUCAGGCCAAUCGCAUCACCGUCGGAAUUCUCUUCUGCUCGCUGUUCUUCGUCACGAUUCCCUCGCUUUUGGUGACCGGAUACGAGGAGGUGACGGGCGUCUCGUUGUUCGCCGAAUUGGGACCGUUCUACAUUUGUGCCAUUCUGGUUAAUGGUGAGGUAUACGCCGAAACAAACUUUCAAUGGAUAUUGUAGCGAUAGGGAAAAUCCCUCGGCUCUCGAAAUCGUUUUGUGAAAGCUUCACAUCAAGUUAGAGCAAUACUGUGCAUCAGAAAAGUUCGUCAACUUUUGAGAGCUACAGUGGCUUCCAAAUUGUCCUCAUUCUGACUCUUUCUCUCUACGACCACCAUUAAAAGUACUGUAGUCAGUUGACACGUCUCUUUUCUAACAACAACAAAACAUUUAAAGGACUAGGGAACCCUCAAAUGUUUUGAUUUUUUUGCGUCUGUUUGAAUUGUCUCUGGUGUAAUGCUGACUCUCACAGAAAUGCCCAAUGAACGAAACGGCGUGCAGUUGAAGAUGUGGCCGUGGCCUAGGAAACUCCGGCGGGAAAACUCUUCCGUGUGAGCAGUUUGAUGCUCUUGCACUAUUAUGUAUGGAUGCGGAUUUGUGUGAAUGUUUUGCAACGUAUGAAUAGAUUGUGCGCGAACGCAAAAAAAAAUCCAGAAAAGAUCACAAGGGCUAAAACUUACAACUUUGACUAGGCGCUGUUCCAUUCACACAGGUAUUUCUGUGAAUGUGGCAAUAAGAAGCAAUUCAGUCAGACACAUAAAAUCGCCGGGUUGCCGGGCCAUUUAAAGAGGACUAGAACGAACGAAUUUGCAGGCUUCGCCGACGGUCUCGUGUUCGUGAUCGUCAACUACAAGCAGAUUGCGUCUCGCAACCGAACGCUCUCGUCUACGGUGAGCACAGUGCAACCGUCCUCCCGCAACCGGACAAUCUCUAUUGUUGACGCGACUUCACGCGCCGCCUCGCGAGUAGCCACGUUCUAAUCGAUGCUCGUGUCUAGCAGAGUUGAGCGGAAGAACUCAAACACGGAAGAAAGAAUUUGUAUCUUUUUUAGAAAAUUUUUUCAUGAAAUGUGAUCAACUGACGAAAUGUAUAGCAAAGUGAACUCUGCUCAUAGAAAAAUAAUUGAAAAUUUAGCUUUUCAUACAAAAAAGUUAUUCGAGUACGAAAGACGGAAGAACAUUUUCACGCAACAACUCGAUUCACUUUUUUGUAUGAAAAGCUAAAUGUGCAAUUAUUUUUCGAUGAACAGAGUUCACUUUGCUCUACAUUUCGUCAGUUGAUCACAUUCCGCGAAAAAAUUUUCUAAAAAAGAUAAAAACUGUUCCGUUGAGUUGUUCCGCUCAACUCUGGUGUCUAGAGCUGCCUGCUUUCAUGUACUUGCAUGUCGCCCCUUUUGUCUGUUUUUGUUUUUUUUGGAAAGCGCUAGGGAACGUCGAGCGAGAGAGAGAGUGAGCGUUUUCAGACGAAGAACACGAUCGCUCCGCUGCAGCUGCACAGCCGCGAUAAUAGCAUUGCGGUCCAGGCGUCGACGGUGCCGGCGGCGUGA